CGCCGCUUCGAGACACUUCGAGACCGCUGCCACCGCUGCUUUGCUCGCUUUGCUCGUCGCCGUUUCUCCGGAAGAGUCGCUUAUUUUCGGUUCGGUCUGGUCUGCGCCCGAACAGAGAGAGGGAGAAAAAGAAAAACAAGAAGGAAAAGACCACGACCACGUUGUCGUGUCCGUGUCUCUCGUCUGGCCCGACACUCUCCGAGCAGCGCCUCUUCUCAACGCCAUCCCUCGAGUACGGUAUCGGAGCAAGACUGCUGCCGCACUGCAUUUCGUGAGGGGCGAGAUCGUCCGCCGUCGCGGUUCCCACUGAAAGGGGCCCCAUCGUUUCCGCGCUGCUCCCGUCGUGGCACUUCGCUGCAAGGCAUGCACGUGUUCUUAUGACGGCUGCUCUUCGCCAAGCCAGCCUCCUCCAUCAAGGACUGUGGUCUUCAGCCUCUGACUGCGGCAUCUCUUAGUAGUGGUUGUGCCCUCGUUGCAACGGCCCUUACUUCAGCCAUGGACCCGACUCUGGUCAUCAGCACGACGGACGAGGAGGAGUCCAAACCGGCGAAACCCGCUGAACUGCUCGUCUUUGAUGACUCCGCCCACCUCAACAAGGUGCUCAUGAACUUGAACAAGCUGCGCAAGAACAAGCAAUUUUGUGACGUUGUUCUGCAUGUUGGUUCCGGCCAGGACAUGCAUGAGAUCUAUGCGCACCGUGCGGUGGUGGCGAGCGUGAGCCCAUACCUGUUUGAACUGCUGGCCCAGAAGACCAAGGGCACCAUGCAGAACCAGUGCAAGAUCAACGGCAACUUCGACAUCAGCGCCUUUGAACGCCUCGUCGACUAUGCUUACACCUCAAGGUUGGAGGUCCCCAAGCCGAAGAUGAAGGCGAUGUACCUCGUGGCUGCCAAGUUGCGGGUUCAGCCUGUGACAAAGUACUGUGGGAAAUACCUUGUAGAACACUUGACCCCUGACAACUGCACCGGGGUGCGGGCCAUCCUGGUGGAGUCAAUGGACCAGGAGCUGGUAGCAGAAGUGGACGCCUAUGUGCGGGACAACAUAGCAGAGGUUCUCAAGAGCAAGGAGCUGCAGUCGCUGCCCCACAUCCAGGUGGAGCUGGUGCAGCACAGCAACCUCGAGAUGGACGCCACCAACAACAAGCACCUAUGCCACAUGGUGCUCGACUGGAUGCGCGCCUCCUUUGACCAGGAGGGGGUGCUCAUGGAGACCCUCACCGAAAAGGUGCACAUGCUGUACCUGAACCUGGACAGGACGCUGCACGACUGCAACGACAUUGAGACGGGGGAUUCCAAGGAUACGGAAAUGAUCCAGGACUAUAAGCGGUUGUCCAGGAGGCUCUCCCAGCCCAACGGGAGCAAAUCCAAGAGCAAGACAAAGGGGCGGGCCGGCGUGACGGUGUCCAACCCGGCCAAGCCACGCCAGUUUCUCUACACCCGCUCAGAUUCGAGCGGAUCCUCUUCCUCCGACGAGGAGGACAGGGACUGGAAGAUUAUUGCCACCACUUCUACUGGAGCACACAGCACCAUGGGCCUGGCAGUGGUCUCCGGCAGCAUGAUUGUGCUGUCCGUGGUGCAGCGGCUCAACUUCAACGGCGCUACCACCACGGGCGACAGCUCUCCCGAAGUGUGCGGAGGCGGCGUGGGCUACACCACCCUCCCGCCCAUGAUGAGCUCCCGCUGCGGAAUGGGCACCGUGGAGUUCCAGGGAAAGCUGCUCGUCUGCGGUGGCUACGACCGUGGGGAGUGCCUGCGCACUGUGGAAUCGUACGAUCUGGGCACCAACCGCUGGAGCCCCCUCGUCUCCAUGGGGACCCCGAGGGGACGAGUGGACGUCACAGUGCUGCAUGGCCACGUCUACGUCAUCGGCGGCAGCGACGGCACCAAGGAGCUCGCCUCUGCCGAAGUGUUUGACGGCGCAGCGUGGAGGCCGCUGCCUGCCCUCGGCGUGGCACGUUCCAACGCUGGGGUCUGCAACCUGGACGGCAAGGUGUUUGUGGUGGGUGGCUGGAAUGGCCAGCGGGGGCUCACCUGCUGCGACGUCUUCGACCCCCUCACCAGGACCUGGUGCGGUGUUGCCCCCAUGCAGCUCGGGCGUUACCAAGCCGGAGUGGCCUGCCUGAACCGAGAGGUGUAUGCGGUGGGAGGCUGCGACUCGUGGACGUGUGUGGCCUCGGUAGAGAAGUACAACCCUAGCACCAACACCUGGGUCCAAGUGGCACCCCUGCAGAAUGCCAGGAGGGGCUGUGGACUUGUUGAGUAUAAUGGCAAGCUGUACGCCGUGGGCGGGCACGAUGGUGUGCGCUCGCUCUGCAGCGUGGAGGUGUACGACGCCCAGACGAACACGUGGAGCCCUGGCCCGUCCCUGACGAGCUGCCGGGCCAACGUGGGCGUGGCUGUGGUCGGGGGCCGCCUCUUCGCUGUGGGCGGCUUCAACGGGAAGGCCUUCCUCAACACAGUCGAGUUCCUGGACGCCCGCACCAACGAGUGGACCACCUUCGUCGCCAAGGCGCCCGUCGCCUAUCAGGUCGGCGGCGGCAUCAUCCACGAAGAUCACGACGAAGACAGGGACUCUUCGCGCGAGGGAUCCGCGGAGGAGUUCCGUUGACCGUGUCAGCCCAUUCCAUCUCAACCUUCUUUCUCCGCUUCAUUGUUUUCACUCUCCCUCUCCCCUGCUUUCUCGUGGUUCUAGCUUCGUAUAUGUCCCGUUCCGUGCUCGCACAGUCUUGGUUUUUCGCGUUGACCUCUUGCGUUCAUUAUACGAGUUGCGACGAAGAUCAAGGGACAGGAACUGACGGCGUUCCUGCAAUGGACGCACGCAGGUACGUCGACGUGCAACGGAAAAAAGUAUUUAUAGAUGUCGUUUGUGCAUUAGAACGUUCCGUUCGAGGUCGGCAUCGCCGCAACUGCCACGAGGUCGCAUCGCUCUCGUCGGUAGGUCAACGACACCGUUGGAUAGCACUUUCGGUUUGUAGAGCUCUUUGCUGUGCUUGCUGUACUGGAUUGUACGGGAAACUGAGUGGAACUUCUCGUCAUUAGCGGGUGGGCAAAGGUUCCGAAAGAAUGGCAGUGUUUGGCGCGGCGAGACCUAAGCUGCUGGCCUCUGCAAGCGUUGCUCAAGGUGUUUGUGACAAUGGGUCCGGUUGCAUCUCGUCAGUGAAGUUUUUUUGUUGCAAUUGAAAUGAGCGAUAAGUCAGCUGGUUGGCUCGCGCCUGCCUUGGAUUAACGCCAUCUAUAGCCGUCGACUAGGUGUGAUGAAAACAUUGACGACGAAUCAACAUGGAUUGACCACUCCGGUUUUACUUGGAUUUAUAUUUUAAUUUUUUAUUUCGCAUCUAGUUUGCUCAAAGGGACAAAAGUGUCUUCCCAAAUCAAGAGCGCGCAAAUCUGUGGUUACAAAAUCUCGAUUUCAGACAUGCAAUUGUUGGGUGGGGCGUUGUGUACAUCACGAGGCGGCAGCUUAGAGAGCAAGCCAAGGGCUUGCCGUCCGUUGGGAUGCGAAAGGCGUUGCAGGAAUCGUCAUACCCUUCAACUUACACAGCUCGAGGGAUCGAGGCACGUUUGAUGCCGUGGUGCAGGAUUGAACUGGUCGACGACCGUGGGACUCAAAGAAGGGGCAGCGUCCUCCUGCCGUUCUUAUUUACACCCGUCCUCGGAAGAUGGACAAUCAGGACAGGCGCUGCUCGACCAUCUUUUGUUGCACAUACUUUCCCGUCACACGUCCUCCCCCACUGCCUUUUUGAGCCUCGAUAGUGCACGAACCAGUCUUCGAGACUGGACAUUUGCGACCGCAUUUUACAGAGGGCAACGACUGCUCCCCCCAGGCCUCCCUCCAUAAACGACAUACCAAUCUUUUUUUUUUGUCGACGGACAUUAGAUUUGAAUCUAUGGGGUACCGCAGGAAACCCUUGGUCCAAUCUGCCCAAUUGCACAUGCCGGAGGUUGUCUAAUGAAACUGCCCAUAAAUUUCUUACUGGAAGGGGUGUUGUGGCCCUUCUCUAUUGCAUGGCAGACCCCGGCUUCUAACAUGUUUACACAGUUGCGUGCCCCUUGGCACCAGCUUUUGUUGGAGUUGUCCAGGAGGAAUUAGAGGAGGGACAUUACCAUUUUAUGUUUUCACGGGAUCAAUGUUAGCAGGGAACAUUGGGAUUUCUUUUCUUUUUUAAGGAAUGGGUAUUGGCAUACCUUGUGUGCUUACACAUGCUGUUUGCAUAUGACAAUUUGAAAAGAUAUUGAAUAAAAUGUACAUAUGUA